AUGUCCACAUGUGAAAAAUGGCCUCUAAUGAAAUACACGGAUAUCAAAGAAGGCGGUCAAGUUAUUGUGAGUUUUACAACGAGGUGAAGUUUCCAAGAAAGGUAUUCAGUGCUCGAACGAUUUGCAAUUGCUUUUCGACAGAGGCGUCAAGUCUUUGACAGUAUAUUACGGCCUGAAAAUCGUAGAACGCGUUCAUCUGACUGAUCAGGGUCCGCCAUACAUCAAGUAAGAUAAAAAAGAAAACUGAUUAAUUUUUUCGGUGUCAAGGUUCAAAAACGCGGAUAUGGUGGUUCAGAAAAGUCAGGACCGGGAAGGAUUCCGCUUGCGGUUUUCUUCUUUGGAAUCGCGCUUCAAUUUUACUGAACUGGUGUCAAAGUUCACUCUUGUCGGGGAUUUCACACCAAGGGUUAAAUAAAAACGGACUAUUUUGGAUUUUCGCAUGAGUUACAGAAAGAACCGCAACAAAAUCUUCAAAAGCUCGAAGUAGAGAAAACUUGGAACGUCUCACAAUCCUUGGAGUCCGUCCGGCAACUGGAAGAUUCUCGAUACUCUUUCAGCGACGCUGUGAAUAUCAUUUUUCUAAAUUUUCCAAUUCUUGCAUAUUUCAGAGCACCCAAAGUUCCUCUUGUAUGUCAUUUUCCCCGGCUUAUGGCUCCACCCCGACUUACGGCGGUUCUACGCCCGUUUACAACCCGCCCAUAUCUUUUCCAAGCUCACAAGACGUUGAAACUUCGCCAUGGAUUCAAGAAAAAUGGGGAAUUUUCAGUAUGGGCAGCAUGACUUUACGCAAAGUACAAUUUAUUCGGAGCCGGUCAAGAAAAAUCCUUACAGGGACUUAUUCAAAGCUUCUCAGAGCUUUUCUCAGCCGCAGUUUACGACGAAAACAGUAGAGCAGCAAUCAAAUAAGGUUGAGAGCUGUGGGACCUGUUGAGAAAAAAAUCUCUUUUUUUUUUUUCAAAAAUCAAGAAUUUUUCUUCAGUAUGGCCAACAUGAUUCGACUCAAAGUACGAUGUAUUCGGAGCCGGCCAGGAAAAACUGUUUCCCGAGAUCUUUUCAACGCUUCUCAGGGCUUUUCUCAGCCGCAAGUUACGAGGAAACCUGUGGAAGUUCCGGUUGUAAAGGUUGGAAACGAUAUUUGUAAAGUUAAACUUAUUUUAGACCGAAAAAAUUUAUAAAAAAAGUUAUUUUUGCAAGAGUUUUUCAUUUUCGGAUCAAAAAUUGACUGAAUAAUGCCCUUUUUUUCUGGUAAAUAAAUACGUAAAUUUCGCCUUCAAGGUCCAAAAAAUGGUGUCCAAUUUUGUGCUGAUGCUUCCCCAUAAAAAAAAAUGAAAGUUUAUUUCGCAUUCCGUAACUCUGAUAUAGCCCAUUCCGCACCAGCUUGUCACGUUUUUUUCAUUCCUUCCAUCUGAAAAGCCCUUCCAUUCGACGCGCGCAAUCUAUUUUUGUACAUACGCCUUUAAAAUAACUAGAAUCUUCAGGAUAAGUUAAAGGCGCAAGUAUAAGGAAAGGGCCUUUCGAAUAGCUCAAAGAUAAACUAAAACCGUGACAAGCAAGGCUAUAUAAGUUUUUGAAAAUCCUAAUUUCCAGCCCAAAGAAAGGUGUGAAGCCGGCUGUCAGACUGAAGAAGACGAUAUUUCCGAGUUUUCGAGCCCAGAAACCGUGAAAAGUUAUCUUCUCGAUGCUGUCGGUUAAUUCAAUAAAAUUCAAUGUAAUCUAUAAUUUUUAAGCUCAAAAAGCCAAAUGUUCUGGAACUCGUCCAGCUUUUCAUGGAAGGAAUCAAGAAGCUUUCGGAAGACGAUCUGAGCGUCUUGAGGUCGAAAGUUCACCUGGUCUGUAAAUUAAUUCAGAAAAGUAAAUAUCCCCAUAAUUUAAGAACAUUGGAAAAGGGAACGAAGAGAUAAAGAUUGUUCAGAAUACGACUAUUGAGAAGAAAAAGCGCGGAAGGAAACCAAAGGUUACCGUUUCGAUUUGUUUUGAAAUAAAAUAUAAUCAUUAGAAGUUGGAGAAAUUCAUUUCUAGACUAUUUAUUUAAAUUCUCAUCAGAAUUGAGAGAGAAAAACAGGAAAAAAAGUCAAUAAAUUAUGAAUAUUUGUACAAUUUUUUUCCUUGAAACUUACCAUACACAUUUUUUUAUUCGUACUCUAUUCCACAAAUGGCAGUUUUCUACGGUCACAGUAGAAAAAAAUUCCAAGAAUUCCAAGAAAAAAAUUCUUAAAUUUACAGAAUAAAAAAAUAAGAAAGAAAUGAGGAAAAAUCUCAAUAAAUAUCAAAAUUCUCUCCGAACACCGAGAUAUGGGAAACAACUUUUUCCUUAUACGUUUUUUUCAGAGACUACUGUUUUUUUUUCCUGGCUAGAAUUUGUAGAUAUCAAAAUGAAAAAUUUAGUUAUCAUUGAACUUAUUCAAUUUUUGGUUAUGGUAGAGAAAUGUUGAGUUUCGCGACUUUUUCUAGUCUGAACUUCAGUUUUCCCGUCGUCCUGAUAAUACAUUUUUUUCAGAGAAUGAGAUCUACAGAGGGAUAAUAAAAUCAUAAAAAACCAGUACGCGAAGCUAAAAUUAAAAAAAAAAUCAUUUCUUUAUUAAGAAAAGGUACGGAAACUCUUCUUCAGUAAAAAAUAAUCUUGAUGCGAUUUUAUUAUUUUCAGAUAGUUCGACUGAGCUAACAUCGAAAUAUUUAAAUUUUUUCCGUCUUUGACUAUUUAUCUUUCGAAAAAUCGUCCAAUCCAAUAGAAAACAAAACGUUAACGAUAAAUUGUGCAAAAUCAGAACACUUGUAAACAUUUUCAGGAGGUAUCACCUGAAGAGAAAGAAAAGAAACUCUUGGAAAAAUGCCAAAAAAAGAGAAGAAAAAGCCCGGAAGGAAACCUAAGGUCCAAAGAAAGGUUUUGACUUUUUAAUAUGGAAAGUAUUGAUUUAUUGAAUUUUUUUCCCAGCUUGAAACUGCAAAAGAAAACCGUGCAAGGUCAUCAUUGA